CCCGCAGACAUGCAACCACAGCUGCUUCGUAUAGCCGAAAGCCAGCGCACAGAUUUUGAGAAACGCGUGUGGACAGCGCUCUGCCAGAUUCCUCGCGGACGAGUCACCACAUACGGCUUGCUCUCUGCACAUCUGGGGACAUCGCCGCGAGCCGUGGGCAACGCGCUCCGGCGGAAUCCGUUUGCGCCUGAUGUGCCGUGCCAUCGUGUUGUGGCGACGGGAGGGUCUUUGGGCGGCUUCAAGGGCAGUUGGCCCAAGGACGGAGAGGGAAUUACGAUUACGGAAAAGAAGACGUUGUUGAGGGGAGAGGGGGUCAAGUUGGAUGACAAGGGGAGGGUGCUGGGAACAGUCUGGUCCAGUUUCGAGUAA